AGUUAACCAAAGCCAAACAAAGUUUUAAGAAAGUUGCCAAAAAGAAAAAAAUAAGUUAAAAAAAAUGAAAGGAAAUUUUGCAAUUUUAUUCAUUGCAAUUGCUGUAUUUUCUGGCGUCAAUGGAGGUGGAAAUGCCGAUUGUAGUUCUUACAUUUCCCAAUACAGAAACCUAAGCACUGCUGUUCAAACUGCAUUUAAAUCUGUUGUCAUAUCUGUUGGUCCAUCAGACAUUUACAAUGUAUUUCCAUUGUUUAUUGAUUCAUUUUUAACAAGUGGAUCAGAGGAAUUAAGUUCCGAGGAUUUAGCAAUUAUAACUGUAAUCAGUGCUGGAGGAGAAACAGCUACACAAUGUCUUAUUCCAUACAUUGCAGCUCCAUAA